UGCGUUCACCUUCGCUCUCAUUGUUCCCCCUUGCUUUUUUCGCCGUUUCCGUCGCUCUUGUGUCUUUUCACAUCGUCUCUCUGUCGUCUUCAGUUUCUAGUCGAAGUCAGCGACAGCGUCUCGCAUGGAUUCCUUUGGUUCUUUAUCCAGAAACGUGUCGCUUUCGAUCGGUUACACCUAGAUCCGUGAUAUUCCUAAAGAUUCUUAGUUGGUAAUUUGGUCGUGGCAGUUGGUGAACGUGACCCCCGUGUACGCGUGAAUCGACCUUUAAGUUUCCAAUUCCCCCACGUUGCUGCUUACUGAUUCAAGUUGAUUCAGGACGGUGCAUACCGCCAGUCGGUUCGAAUAAUCGUUUCGUGGCAGGUGGAGACAAAAAUCGGCGAAGCCGAACCUGCCAACCGAAUCAUUCGCCUAGUCAGCCAGCCGCUGCACGAGGCACGGACGAAUAGUAAUCGCGCCUCGAUCGUCGAUCCUCGAUCCUCGAUCCUCGAUCUUCAACGAUAGAUUAUCGAUCGCAGUGCCGACACAACGUGCAACAUUUCUGACAGCCAUCCGUGCGACGCUUUUGUGCGCGACAUUACGAGGGUGAGACAUGUCUUCCCUGAAGGGCGAUAAGAUUCCGUGUGCACGAUUGUGCCACAUCGUCAAAUGGGAGGAUUUCGACGGUUAUGGAUUCAAUUUGCACGCAGAGAAAGGAAAGAAAGGGAAAAAUGGCCAGUAUAUCGGUAAGGUGGACGAAGGGUCUCCAAGUCAGGCCGCUGGUUUGCGGCAAGGUGAUCGAAUCAUCGAGGUUAACGAAAUCAACAUCGCGAACGAGACUCAUCAACAGGUUGUUGAACGGAUCAAAGCCUUCCCCAAUGAGACGAAGCUACUGGUGGUCGAUCAAGAAGCCGACGAAUAUUUCAGGGCCAACAACAUUAUUAUCAAGGGCACCAUGGCGAACGUCAAGGUGAUCAAGACCCCGGAGAAGAACCCGAAUAGUGUCGAGCAAGAUGAAUUUAACGGCAGCAAUGCUUCCAUCGAUGGGAACGCACAAAAGUCGAGCGGCUCCAACGACACCUCUCGCAGCGAGAGCAGCACAGUGUCGGCAGGUGCGACGAGGAGCUCGACGAAAAGCGAGAACGAGAGUGAACGCGGUGAAGAGACUGCUCGAGAAAACGGGAACAGCGUGAGGAACGAUAGGAACGAGAGGAACGAGAUGGGUGACACGCACGCCAGUACCGGGAACGGGAGCGUCGGUGGAAACGAGCCCCCACGACAGGGUCUGAAUCUAAAGAUGAGCGCCAAAGAACUGAGAGCUCAGCUGGCAGCGCGCAAAAAGUACGAUCCGAAGAAGGAAUCGAUCGGCUUCAAGGACAAGUUCGACAUCGUGCAGAAAUUAUAACCGCGACAGGUUACAACGUUUCGUCAUCAGCAUCGACGGUCUUUCUCGAUUGUACUACAGCGCGUUGCUUUCAAACGAACGCGCCAGAUACGCUUAGUCCCUUUUCAAAAUCGUAUCUUCCAACGAUUUUAAACGACGUUCGAGCCGAUCAGAUGCGAUUUUUCCCGCCAUCUACGACACCGUUUGCGCUCUUCCAAGGACGAUCACGACGACGCUGGAGAAAGUGUACGCGACGCGACGCGACGCCCGUCAUCCUCGAUUUCUGUUACCCGUUAUCAAAUUCAGGACGUUGCUCGUUCUUUCCGAUUGCGUUAAUCGAUGAAAAUUAUCGCGGCUGCCGGGCCGGUUCGAUGUAGAAACUUCUUACGACACCUUACACGACGGCAAACGAUCAUCGACGCGCAAGUCCGAAUGGGAAAACUUUGAAAACUGCGAGUGUGGUUCUCGUUAAAGCAACAAAGACAGAUUUCAUUUACCAGAAUUGAAAUGAUUUUACGUAACCCAAGAAAUAUGUAACACCGUGUAAAAGUAGGCGACACAAUAGUGGGAAGUCUCGCGCGAGUUUCCACGUUCGUUUCUGGACAAAGUAAACGAUGAGCCGCAGCGAGUCACAGGACUCGCAGGAAAUCUUGUUGCUAUCUAACCCGACAUUGUUAAAUAUUACGACAACCUGUUGUGCAACCUUCAAUUAUCGUCGUCGUGAUCCUUUUGCGUCGUACUUUACGCGAAUAUUUACGAAGUUUGUUGUUUUGUUUUUCUUUUUCUAUUUCUUUUUUUCACACGCGAUAUAUGUACCUAAUACAUUCCGUCUUGCGACAAUACACACCUAUGUACGUACGUACAAGUUUCUUAUUGCAUUAUACGCAACAUUUCGAGAAGCGUUUAUAUUACACGAUUUUAUGAUUUGUCAAUGGCUUUUGUCAAAAUACUUUAGUCACGUGAUUUGACUAGACGUUGGAUUUAAUACUCGAUCGAUAAAAUGAUUUUAUGCCAUCUUUUCGACGAUGUAACGUAAAUACCGAUUUAUAUUUGGCUUUUACAAUCGAGACAUGAUUUUCUAUUAUUAUACUUUAUACGACGCGUUUAUUAUUAGAUAGAUAGGCUCGAUAAGACCAAGCGUUUUCGUAACUUCGGCUGUAAGACUAUGUUUUCUUUGAAACACGGACGAGAUAACGCUAAGCGCGUUUCGUCACAGCUAUUUUCAGUUUGAAAUCAAUUUCAUUAUACGUUUGCAUAUAGCUAUUUCAUAUAUUCUUUUCAAUGUUUAGAAAAAUUUGUAGUCGCAAGUAUUUCUUUCAAUUCUGGUUUAUAGAGGGACUUUGCGUACGAACCCUUUUUGUUCGCGCUGUAAAGACAGACUGAUCGUUUUCUCGAUCAAGGAAAGUGAUCGAUCAAAUUGUUCGAAGUUCGUGUAACGCGAUCUUCGAGGCUUUGCGCUGAACGUGCUAUGUAAAUUCUUUUCUGUCUUUUCGUUUUCUUGCAAUACGUUUUUUUUUCUCUUCAGGUCCAGUGCAUAACGGUAUUCGUUUCUGUAAAUAUAUUAGAUCUUCGUGUCUCAAGAUCGGUGCAACGAUCGAAAGAAGCAGUUAAACGACGAUUAAAAAAUCGUAGGGAAACCAUCGUCGUAUUGCUUUGUCACGUAAACAUUGUUAUCGAAGGACGUCGAUCAAUCGUUAUCGGAUCGAAAACAAACGAUAUCAGCGAACCAUUGAUCUGAAACGAAAACUGCAGAUUUAACUCCGAUACGAUGUUAGAAGUAUCGCUUUAAAAUUUGGAAAGUUUUUCGAGCAAACCGUUGCACCGAUUUCUUGAUAUAUGUAUAUAAAUAUUCCGAGUAUUACGUAAAUACACACGUUACGAUUAUCGCACACAUUCAAUAUAAUUUGUAAGCCUUAAUUUUAAGCCUUAUGUUUGACGACAAGACUUAGUUGUACGUUACUCAUAAAAUUGCGUUCAUUUGCGUACAUUUGUGUAUAAAUAGUAUUGUACGUA